AUGCACAGCAACCCGGCCGUCGCAACGGAGCCAGGCUCGACAAGCGAUCGCGCUGCUGGUGCAAGUCACAAUCCUAUAUACGAGCCGUUUUUAGGCUUCAGAGAGUAUGACGUGGAUUGGAUUACUGCCGCCACGUGGCAUUUCUCAAAGCGCUGUAUCGUCAGCCAAGGAUGGGACUCCACAGUUUUUUCCAUACCUGGGCAAAGGGUAGCAGGCUAUGAAGGGGGCUCGGCGGGAGGCUUGACAGGAGGCUCGGCAGGAGGCUCGGCAGGAGGCUCGGCAGGAGGUUCGGCAGGAGGCGCGGCAGGAGACUCUGCAAGAGGGUCGGUGGGAAGGUCAAACGGCUUGAGGGUGAAGCGGUUUGGCGGCCAAGGCUGUUCGCUCUCGAGGGAAGCCGAAGCUGCCUUCCAGGAACAUGCUCGUGCUCUCUCACGCCUCUCCCAUCCCUCCCUCCUCCCCCUCGUCGGCUACUCUCCCUCCCCCACGCCCUCACUCCUCUUCCAAUCCGCCCCCGGCCCCGCUCACCCUCACCUACCGCACUCAACCGCUCCCACUCCCCCAUCACCUGCGUCAGCAGCGGUCUCACCUGCUGUUCCGGCUGCAUCAGCUGCUGCAACUGACCCAGUUUCAACCCACACAGUGCCUCCUCCUCUCCCCUGUCCCCUCUCCAUCGCUCUCCCUCACACCAUCGCCCCUGCCACCGACGGGGGCGAUGGCCCCAGGGGUUUCGUCGAGAGAUCCUCGCCGUCGAUUCCGCAGCCCAAGCGUUUCCGCAAUGGAGGCUUUGCCCGGAGCCGUCUACCCACCAUCCCCAGUAUAGGCAGCAUCAGUAGCAGCAUAAGUGGCAGUAAACGUGGCAGCAGAAGCGGCAGUAUAAGUGGCAGCUUAAGUGGCAGUUUAAGUGGCAGUGGCAGGUCGUUGCUAGGAGGGAGUGGGAGGUCGCUUGGUGGGGGGUCCGGCAUAGGGGGGAGUGGGCGAUCGGGGGCAGGAGGCAGUGGGAGGUUGGUUCUAGGGGGUAGCGGGCGAUCGGGUGCGGGAGGGAGUGGGAGGUCCCUUGGUGGUGGCAGUGCUGGGUGCUUCUCUGGAAGAAAAGAGGAUAGUGAUGAUGAUAAUGGUGAUGGUGACGAUGAGAAGGAGGAGGAUGAGGAGGAGGAGGAUGAUGAGGAGUCUUCGGAGGGGAGGAGUGGAGGGAGUGAGGGGGAAGGAGGAGAAAAGGCGAAGGGGAGAUCGAGUGGUGAAAGCGGCAGUAGCGGUGCUGGCCCUGCGAUUCUAGAGUGCGAUGAGUCACCUGCACAAGAAGACCCGGCCACACCAAGGGACUUGGCCACACCAAGGGACUUGGCCACAGUAGAGGAUUCGAGCACGUCUGUCAGACAAGGAGAGUAUGUGGGAAGAGGAGCAACUACCAUACUUUCUGAGGGAGGUGCAGCAGAGUUGGCGCGUUCUGUAGGCUCGGCGGUGCAGGAAGGUGGCAGUGCAAGGAGCGGAAGAGAUGCUGCUGCUAGUGGUAGCAGUGGUAGGGGUGAUGUGGCUAGUGGGAGUGUUGCUAGAAGGAGUACCGAGGCUGCUAUAGGCGGGGAUAAAAGCACCUUUCCUGAUCCUCCAAGGCCUAUUGGUAGAGUCUCUGCUGACCUGCUUGCUGCUGCUGCAGUCCUAGCAGCUACCACUCAAGAGAGCAACGAUGAGGAGAGCAAUGAUAGAACAGAUGGCAAGGAUGGUGAAAAGGAUGGUGGCAAUAGCGAUGCAAGCGAGGAUGGUGAUGACAGUGGCAGCGGAAGCAGUGGUGAAGGUGGUGGUGCAGGAGAUUCACAUCCCCUCUCCCCCUCCCGCUGCUGGCCCCACAUAUCCACCCCGUCCCUCUCUCGCUCCCUCACUCGCUCCUUCACCCGCUCUUCCCGCUCUUCCCGAAGUGCUAGAGCUUCAGAGCAAGCAGCAGCCGCCGAUUCGUCGCUCCCCAACCCUACCACCACACCCCCCACCACCCUUGCCGGAGCUGGCCCGUCAGGCUCGGACCGAACCUCCGUUCCAGGCUCGGGAGGCAUGGAAGAGGCUUGGAAGGGCGUUAAGAAAAGGAUGGAGGGGUGGGAGGCGCGGUUAGACGUGCUCGUGCAGGUGGCAGGGGGGUUGGCAUACCUGCACCGGCAGGGGAUGGUGCAUGGGUCCUUGGGACCUGCUAAUGUGCUGCUGUGGGAGAAACGUGAGGGUUUGAGAGAUGAGUGGGUGGAGAGAGGUGGGUCAGAGAGGUUUAGUGGGGGUGCAUCUGGGGCGAUGGAGCAGGUAACGUCUGGAGGGGUAGCAGUAGCUGGAGCAGCAGCAGGAGCAGCAGGAGCAACUGCAGCAGCAGGAGCAGCACGAGGAAGCGGGGAAGGAAGAGGCGUGAGUCUGGCAGCGGAAGGAAGAGUGUUUGACCAGGGAACGAGAGAGGGAGGUCCGCCCGCAGCAGAAACGUUGUCAUCUCCGUCAGGAGCAGCACAAAGGAGCUCCUUGCUGCCUACGAGGGCAGAGAGCGGCGCCCUCUACAUGCAAGAAGUAACCGAGAGAGGCGCGGUGGGAGGAGCGGGGAGAGUAACGGAGAGUGGAGCAGAGAGAGUAGCAGAGAGAGGAGCAGAGAGAGGAGCAGAGAGAGGAGCAGAAAGAGGAGCAGAGAGAGAAUCAGCGAGAGGAGCAGAGAGAGGAUUGGAGCGAGGUGUAGAGAGAGGAACGGAAUCAGAAAGAAGCUCGGUGAUGCCUGGAGUGGAUAUCAGCGCGCUGGUAGCCUCGGCCCCGCUAGACGCAGACCCUGUGACGCUCUUCACAGCAGCAACAGGCAUCCCCACAGACCGGCCCUGCAUGCUGCCCCUCAACAGCAGUCCGUUCAGAGUGGCCAGCGGGCUGCUGGCUGUGAUUGCAGACUAUGGUAUGCCCACGGAUCUGAGGCUCAGGGCGCUGUUCCCUGCAAGGAAUGCACGGGCGUAUGCGAGUGGCGCUGGUUCGAUGUACCUGGAUCCGUCUCUCAGCCGCCUUGGCCCCUUCCACCCAUCCAAGGACAUCUUUCCCCUCGGAAGGCUCAUACAACACCUGCUGCUCCCGCUCACCCAGCCAUCAACGUCACACCCUCCCCAGACCAACCCCACGCCUCCUGCCUCCUUCCCCCCCGGGUUCUGA